AUGAAGGACAAGUCCAAGAAUGCUGCGAAGACACGAAGAGAAAAAGAAAACGGAGAAUUUAAUGAACUGGCCAAACUGCUGCCGCUGCCCUCGGCCAUCACAUCUCAGCUGGACAAAGCGUCCAUCAUCAGACUGACCAGCAGCUACCUGAAGAUGCGAGCCGUGUUUCCAGACGGGCUCGGAGAGGCCUGGGGUCAGUCAGCACGGGUCAGUCCUCUGGACAUCACGGCCAAAGAUCUGGGGUCUCACCUGCUGCAGACGCUGGACGGGUUUGUGUUCGUCGUCGCGUCUGACGGUAAAAUCAUGUACAUUUCAGAAACAGCUUCGGUACACCUGGGUUUGUCACAGGUGGAACUGACCGGUAACAACAUCUUUGAGUACAUUCAUCCAUCAGACCACGACGAGAUGAGCACACUCACACACACACACACACACACACACACACACACACACACACGAGAAUUAAAUUCAUAUUCAUCACAAAGCUGAUCUGUUGCAGAGCUGGAGCUCGAGCGCUCGUUCUUCCUGCGCAUGAAGUGUGUUCUGGCGAAGCGGAACGCGGGACUCACGAGCGGCGGUUAUAAGGUGAUCCACUGCAGCGGUUAUCUGAAGCUCCGUCAGCUGCUGAUGGACGUGUCUCUGUUUGAGUCCUGCUAUCAGAUCGUGGGGCUGCUGGCGGUGGGUCAGUCUCUUCCUCCCAGCAGCGUCACCGAGAUCAAACUCCACAGCAACAUGUUCAUGUUCCGUGCCAGUCUGGACCUCAAACUCAUCUUCCUGGACAGCAGGGUGGCCGAGUUAACGGGUUACGAGCCGCAGGAUUUGAUUGAGAAGACUCUCUACCAUCACGUCCAUGGCUGCGACGUCUUCCACCUGCGAUACGCACAUCAUUUACUGCUGGUGAAGGGGCAGGUCACCACCAAGUAUUACCGGAUGCUGGCCAAACACGGCGGCUGGGUUUGGGUGCAGAGCUGCCCCACCAUCGUUCACAACAGCCGCUCGUCUCGGCCGCACUGCAUCGUCAGCGUCAACUACGUCCUCACCGAUGUGGAAUAUAAACAGAUGCAGCUCUCUCAGGACCAGAGCAGAUCCAGACCGUGUCUCUCCUAUAAGACCUCGAGUCUGGCGGCUCCUCAGGACUCACGCAAACAGCUGAAAGCCAAAGCAGCCAAGAUCAAAAGCAAACCCCCGUAUCCGCAAGUAAGAGCGCUCGCAGGCUCACCCGGGAACGGUUUCCAGACCUCGCUGCAUGCUGAUGAAGCGGAGUGUCCCUCGUGGAAGUCGAGUCCCUGCAGCCUGCCGUCCUUUCAGGAGCAGACGCAGGUCCCCGAGCCGGCCUACACACGGUCCUACGCACACACACCUGCGCAGACGCAGACGCGCUCCAGCCGGCCGCACUGGAGCUGCAGCGGCGCAGAUAAAGCAGCGGCGCACUCCUGCGCAUACUCAGGUCCGGCGGGCGACGGCGCAUUCACAGCCCAGAUGCUGCAGGGCGGCUACAGACCCAGCGGGGAGUUUAAAGAGGAGCCGGGUCAGAACCGCAGCAGCAGAGAGCAUCAGGCGCUCCAGGGCUUCAGCCAGCAGACGCAGAGACGCAGACUCUCGGAGCAGAGCCACACGGAGGACAAGAGACUCCUGGUGGCCCAGAGCCGAGUCUCUCUCAACCUCCACCACGUCUGGACCAAACACGUCCCAUCAGGACCCUACGCUCUCAGCCACUUAACGGAUGGGUACCGGGCCGAGGAGGUGCACCGGACCCAGAGCCCCGCCGGCCCUCAUUACAUCAGCACCUCCGUCAUCAUCAGCAACGAGAGGUGA